AUGAGACCAAGGGUACUGUCGAUCGGUGUCAGCACAGAAGCCUGUAUAGCUGUUGAUUACGGUUGGAAAGGACUUAUUGCUCUUGGCAGUUUCACCAACAUACUUAUAGUUGACCCUUGUUUCAGUAAAUCUUUGCAGUCGCUUCAGGGUCACCGCAAUAACAUAGUAAAUGUUCUGUGGGCUCCUGAAAAUCACUAUCAUGAUGAUAAAAACCCUUUUCAAUUAAAACUUGCUAGUGUUGACGCGUCUGGAGUAAUAAUUAUUUGGGAUGCUACUACAUCCUCUGCAACCUCAGAGUUCCGUGAGCCAGAUUCACUAGUCUUGGAUAUAUUAUGGCUACCAAAUCAGUGGGUUUCACGUGAUUUGUUGGCUGUUCUCCACUCUCACAACAGAUUCAUUAUCUGGAACACACAAACUCAAACAAGAUUGUGGAAGCACUCUUUUGGAGACGAUGUGGUUUCUUUUUCUUUGGAUAUAUUCUCUAAUUCAAAGAUGAUUUUUUGCUCAAAGGAAUAUUUCGUGGUGGAGAAUUUCAACGUCACUUCGUGUGCCUUUGGAAAAGGCAAAAAACUGAACAUUUCUGAGUCUGGUAGCAACAAGUGUUUUAUUAAUGAAAUAAACUCACGUGGGACAACGUCAGGAGAAACGCCAGUAAAACUAUCGUCUAGUGAACUAAAAGUCAGUCUUGGGAACUCUGACAGGACAUGUGAUUCUUCGAGUGAUAAUGCCCGAAUAACAUCUAUUAGAACAUGUUUGCAAGUUACUUACCAUCGAUAUCACAAGGACUGUGCGUUGUUUGUUUUUAGGAGGGAGAUUAUUAUUGUGAAUCUGGGACUGGUCCGCCCACUUCAUGUUGUUUCUUUAGACCCUUCUUGGCCUUCUUUCUCACGUGUUUAUUCUUGCACUCAACGUGAUGUCAUCAUUUGCCUACAUGAAAAUGGCAAUUUAAGCGUAUAUGCUUGUCGUGGUCUUGCUUUAGCAGCGGAUCCUUCUCUUCAUCCCUCUCAUUUACUGCGAAAACCUACUAAAGAAUCUUCUGAUCUCCACUCUGAUAACAAUUGCACUUAUGUUCUUGUUGCAACUGCUGCUUCUUCUAGACGCCCAAAACAAGUACAUCAUGUUGAUUUUUCUGUCAACCAAAUGAAUGAGUUGAAUAUCGUCGUAGCUUCAAUUGAUGGGCGUUUUCAGUUUUGGCAACUGCGAGCUGUUCGAGACUCAACUCUCUGUGAUGAGGUGAAACCAAUUUGGAGCCUUUCGGAUCUGCUACCCCAUGCACCUGUUGUAGAUAAGCCUCCAAUAAAGUUGUAUCUCGAAUUAAAUGGCUUAUACUCUCCAAGUAGAUCAGAACCAACACUGUGUCGCGUAUGUCCACCAAAUCUGAUGGGACUUUCAAUGUUAGAUUCGAUUCGUGGUCCAUUAGUGGCUGUUGGAAAUAAUCGUGGUGAUAUUCAGAUUUGGGAUGUAUCAUCAGCUAUAUUAUGGCGUGAAUAUCAUGUACUACCGGUACCUAUCAAAGGAAUUGAAUGGAUAGCAAUACCUCGAACAAUUUAUAGAAGUAAACAAAUCAAUGAAGAUUCUUCGAGAUCAUCAUCAUGUGAAUAUUCGUUAGGUUUAAUUGUUCAUGGUUGGCAAUCCAAAGAUGGUCACCAAAGUUCUCUUUCUGAAAAUACGUUAAAUAGAACAAAUACAAUCGGAAAAAAUUUUGUUACUACACUGGACUUAUCAACAGGUUAUAUGCGUAUAUUUCGUGAUACUUCAAAUCAAAAGAUUGACAAGACAGGUCCUCGCAUAGGAAUCAGUGUUCUCAGUGGUCAACUUUUAUCUGGAUCUAACGAUCAAGAAAAUCUUUUGGAAGGACCUAUUGACAUUCUUUGUGUUAGCCACUUAAACCAAUACGUUGGCAUAGCAAUUCGUAAGAGUCCUGUAGAAAUAUGGAAAUUAUCUAAUUCUUCUUUAAUAGUUAAACUACCUCUCCUACCAGAUUUAACAGCUGUUGCUUUGGACUGGUGUCAUUCGCCAACUAAAUAUCAACAAAGUCGUAAAAUUUCAGAUAAGAGUUCUAAAUCUGAGGACUAUGUUCAUUCAAAGGAAUCUGCUCGUACUCGUGAAUCAUGUAUUUUAUGCACUUCGGAUGGUAAUAUUCGCUUGAUUGCAGUAAAUAAUGAUUCAGUAGAUAGCACUUCAGUUUCAAAUACAAUUUUAAGUGGUCUACCUACUGUUAGUUUAAAUCGAAUUAAUUCAGUUGCUUGGUUCUCUGAUUUGGUUGCUUUUGGCACUUUUGAUGGCUUUGUAGCUGUUCGAGAUCUACAUAGUAAAAGAACAUUGUUUAGAUCAACUUGUUCAAAGUCACAAUCAAAUUAUUUUGAUCAAGCUCUUGGUACUUUUAAUGAACAAUAUUUCGACCCAGAUAUAAUGUUAGAAACAAAUACUCCUGUUGUACAUCCUUCAUUAAAUAUUCGACGUUUAUGCUUUACACCGGGUUUAUCGACUUUUACUCGUCUUCUUAGUUUGCAGUUUGAUUCCGUAUGUGUUUGGGAACCAAGACAGAUGCUCCUUUUAUGUAUGAUUGAAUUCGGUGCAUCAGUUCAUAAUUCCUCAAUUUGUGCUGAUUGGGUUUCUGUUGUUACUAAAUCAUCGGAUAGAGCUUUGUGUAUUCUUUUGGGUGGAGAUGGUGCUUUACGACUUGUACAAGCUGGUCAAGCUAAUUAUGAAAUGACAGUUGUCAAUUAUUCUAAUCAAUUAGUAAACCUUGGGAAUACAAUUUCUCGUGGAACUACUUUACAAGAUCCAAUUUCAAAAUUUUACAUUCAAAGUCCAUUGCCUGACAGACCUGACAUUCAAGAUCCUGUUUUAGUCCCGUCGUUACUUCCAUCCAUCACCGCUUUAAAUAUUCGGCAUCUCUUACAACAUCAACCAUGGUGUAAAAGGUCUCAAAAUAUCCCUUCAUCUAAAAAUGAGAAUUUAUUGGUUGAUAUAACUUCUAGUUCCCAAGCGUUAACAUGUGAUCACACCACCAUAACUAAUACUGAAUCAGACCAAAGCUCUUAUUCUAGUAGUGACUGUUCUCUUCUUGCUCCUGGUUUUGCAAAGAUUCAGAAUGCUGUAAAUAUAUUCCUAUACGGCCUCAAAACAAGACAUGAAUUAUCUACCAGUUUUAUGAAUCUCUCGAAUACUACCAUUAUUGAACGUUGUUUAUGGACUGCUCAAUUAUUUGGUGAUGUAUAUGAAGCAAAAUUUUGGCGAUUGGUUGCAAAUCGUCUACUACACAAAAAAGCUUUACAUAACAAUUCACAACAACUAAAUAACCAGUUAUGGUCUCGGUAUUUUCUAGAUUUAUCUUGGGAUUUUUUAGCUGACUGUGAUUUAUAUCGUCAGAAUGUUGAAAAGUUUAUAUCAUGUAUGGAAAAAUCACAUAAUUCACCUACUGAAAUUAUGGAUUGUGUUGAUACACUAAUUAUGGUCGGUCAACAGGAUCGUGCAGUUUCUUUAUUACUGGAAACACCUGUAGAUUCAAGUAAUUAUUCUAUAAAUAUGUAUCGUGCUUGCUUGUUUACGGCAAAUAUUUCUAGAAAAUCUCUUCUAUCCAAGUCUGAUGUAAAUCAACCUACAGAGGAUAAUUAUUUAAGUGUAGUAAAAUUAGUUGCUACAAAUUUACUUUCUAAUGGGAGAAUUAAUGACGGUAUUGGUUUAUUGUGUCUUAUUGGCUUACAAGCUGAUGCAUGCCGUUAUUUAGAAUCAUUCGAUCGAUGGGAUCGUUCUGUAUGGUUAGCUAAGUGUACAUUAUCAAUUGAAGAACAUGAUAAAGUAAUGAGACGUUGGGCGUCCUAUUUAGCUUCACCUCAGGUUAAUCGUAAAGAUUUUGCUAUACUCAUUUAUGUUUAUUUAGAAGAUCAUUCUAAUGUUUUAAAGUUACUUUUUAAUCUUAAACAAUAUCAAUUGGCAGCUAGAUAUCUGGAAGCAUGCCGUGAAUUAGGCUUAUUGAAUCCAACUGAAGAAACAGAAUCAUUUUACGAAUCAAUAUUUAUGGAAUUUGGUUCAUUUCUAAUAAAACUUGGUCAUCAUGAAGCUGCUAUGUAUUAUUGUAAUUUAGCUGGAAAAAUGGCUGAUUCAUUAAGAGCUGAAAUAGAUUUUCUUUUGUCAUAG